ACUGUAGCAAUUAUGUAAAGAAUGCACUGAAAUGCUUCCUCGCCUCGUUUGUUGUAGUGGUCGAUCCCUCUCUCACUCUUUGACUUUGUUGUUCCCUCUUCCCACGUUCAGGAUAUGAUAUGCAAGGCUUCCCUCAAAUUUUAAUACGUUUCACAAGCAAUUUUUAUUCCUAAUAGGACAAGGUUUAGUGCCAAGUGUUUCAGUAAGAACAUGAAUGCGGACAAUAAUUUGCUUGUCAAACCUAGAAGGCGUGCUAAUUUUCGAUUAUGCAACGUGUCAAGUUACACUUCUGAAAUAUUGGAGAUUCGAGCUGAUGCUCCUACUCUGCAUGUUCUGUUUGUUCCUGGAAACCCAGGUGUUAUUUUAUUCUACAAGGACUUUGUGGAAUUUCUAUAUGAGCUUCUGGAGGGAACUGCGUCUAUUACAGCUAUUGGCCAUGUUUCUCACUCAAGAAAGAACUUGGAACAUGGGCGCAUGUUUUCUCUACAAGAACAAAUCGAUCAUAAGAUUGAUUUCAUCAGAGAGGAAUUGCAAAAUACUGAGGUUCCUAUAUUACUGGUUGGGCAUUCUAUUGGUUCAUACAUAUCUAUUGAAUUGUUCAAGAAGUCUCUAGAGAAGGUGAAAUAUUGUGUUGGACUUUAUCCAUUUUUGACAUUAAACCCGCACUCAACAACACAGUUAGUUAUUGGAAAAAUUGCAAAAUCCCAAGUUCUAGCUGCUGCUCUUAGUUACCUGAUAGCAUCAUUAGGAUUGUUACCUGUCCAGGCUGUGAGAUUUAUUGUCAGAAAAUCCCUUGGGAAAUCAUGGUCAGCCAAUGCAGUUGAGGCUGCAUGUUCUCACUUGUCACAGUACCAUACCAUGCGGAAUGUCCUCUAUAUGGCCAUGACUGAAUUCAGAAAGCUUUCAGAGGCACCAGAUUGGACAUUUAUGAGAGAAAGGAAAGCUCAAUUGGCAUUUUUAUUUGGUGUUGAUGAUCACUGGGGCCCACUUCAUUUGCUUGAGGAGAUUUCAAAGCAGAUUCCCGGUAUUGCCAUAUCUAUUGAACGAGAAAACCACACCCAUGGUUUCUGUUGCACUGAGGCUGGCUCAUUAUGGGUGGCUCAGCAUGUGGCAAACUUGAUAAAAAAUCAGACGGCUUUUACAAACCAAUAAGGUCCGACUCUUUUGCCAUUCAUUUGUGUUAUGCGGGUUUUCUAAGUUAAUCAAAGAAAGGAUUAAACCACUAAUAAAUUUGAAACAAUGAUAGCUGAAUAAAUCUUAGUUUCAUUUAUUUAUCAAUGCUUCUAGUGCAUUUAACAGUUUUAACAUCCCCAACUGUAUUCUAUGAUUUAGUAGCACCCGUCUUCCAGUAGCACAAAGUAAACAAUCGCCAACUGCAUUCUAUGACUUUGUACCGCUCAUCUCCCAGUUAUAAAAAGUAAAUAAUUGCCAACCUUAUUCUAUAUUGGGGCUGGACUAAGCUGAUAAAUUAACAUGGCCCAAUGGGUUAGCAUGCUUAUAUAUUAUA